GGCGUAUCGACGACAAUUAUAUUGAGAAGAUUUUAUCAGCCAGUUUUAAAUAUACGCAGGAUGUCAACUCAACUCCCAUACAUUCAAAAUACUGAACCUGAACGUAGUAUCCUCGAUAGCUACAGAACUGCAUGUGCACUCGAACUCAAUAAGACGCUCGAUUUACCUUUAGAGAAGGCUUUUGAAGGUGUACACGUUGGUUCAAAAAAUGGUGAUUUCCACAUCGCACUCCCACGUUUCAGACUUCCUGGUGAUGUAAAAGAACAUGCACAGAAGGUCCAUGACCAAUUCAAGCCAAAUGAGUACAUCGAUACUUGCAUCGUUAAACAAGGUUUUGUCACUUUCCAAGCUACCACAAAGAACUUUAUUAGAGACGUUUUGGACCAGAUCCACACUAUGUCCAACAAAUCACCUACAGGUAAACCUGAAUUCGGUACAUCCACUGUAGCUGGUCAAGGAAAACACGUCAUUAUCGAAUUCAGCUCACCAAACAUCGCAAAGCCUUUCCACGCAGGUCACUUACGUUCUACUAUCAUUGGUGCCUUCUUGGCCAACUUAUACGAGGCAUGUGGAUGGAAAGUUACUCGUAUGAACUACCUCGGUGACUGGGGAAAGCAGUUUGGUUUGUUAGGUGUCGGUUUCGAACGCUACGGUAGCCAAGAAAAGCUUAAGGCUGACCCUAUCGCACACUUGUUUGAAGUCUACGUCCGUAUCAACACCGAAGCAAAGGAAGAAGACGAAAAGCUCGGCAAGAAAGCCCAAGAUGACGAGGAAGGUGCUGAAGAAGAAGCCGCUCCAACUGAAGCAGGCAAUACCAUCAAUGAUCAAGCUAGACGUUUCUUUAAGCGUAUGGAAGAUGGUGAAGAAGGUCCACUUUCCCUCUGGAAGCAAUUCAGAGACCUCUCAAUUGAAAAGUACAAGGACACCUACGCACGUCUUAACAUCCACUUUGAUGUCUACUCUGGUGAAUCACAAAUUUCCCAAGAAAAUCAAAACAAAGCUAUUGACGUUCUCACUGAAAAAGGACUUAUCAAGCAAUCGGGUCAAUCACAAAUUAUCGACUUGGAAGAGUACAAAUUGGGUAAAGCCGUCGUCAAGAAGAUGGAUGGUACUACUCUCUACUUGACACGUGAUUUUGCUGCUGCUGCCGAGCGUUACGACACAUACCAUUUCGACAAGAUGAUCUAUGUCAUUGCAUCUCAACAAGAUCUUCACACAGCACAACUUUUCAAAGCUAUGGACUUGAUUGGUUAUGAUUGGGCUAAGAACCUUCUUCACAUCAACUUUGGUAUGGUUUUGGGUAUGUCUACACGUAAAGGUACUGCUGUUUUCCUUGACCAAAUCCUCAACGAGGCCAAGUCUGUCAUGAUGGACGUUAUGAAGAAGGACUCAACUAAUAAGUAUGACCAACUCGAAGAUCCAGAAUGGACUGCCGACACUCUUGGUUUGAGUGCUGUUAAGAUCCAAGAUAUGGGUGGUCGUAGAAUCAUGAACUACAAAUUUGCUUGGGAUCGUAUGACUUCAUUCGAGGGUGACACAGGUCCAUACCUUCAAUACGCUCACGUUAGAAUAUCGUCAAUCCAACGUAAGGUUGCAGAUGAGACCGUUCUCCCAGAGGAUCCUACUAAGGAUGUCGACACAAGCCUCCUCACGGAACCAAAGGCCAGAGAAUUGGUUUACUUGUUGUCACAAUAUCCAGAUGUUGUUAAGACCGCUCUCAAGACACAUGAGCCGAACAACAUUGUCUCAUACGCCUUCCAAUUGACACACGUCGUAUCUAGUCUGCUUGAAAUCUUGAAGGUCAAGGGACAAGAGCAAAAGUUAGCACAAGCACGUCUCUACUUGUUCAUGUGUGCUAAGGAUGUCCUCGGUAGCGCAAUGCGCUUGCUUACACUCACACCAUUGGAGAAGAUGUAAACUUUAUUUAUUGGCGAAUUCCUUUGUUUCCAGAAUAUAUUUCC